CAAGUGCAAGCUCCCUCCCCGGUUCUCUCUCUCUUUCGCCUCUCGAAACGAAGCGAUCCCUCUCCGUGUCUCUCCUUGCACUCCCCGUAUUGUUGCUCGUCGCGAUUGCCAGUUUCAGCCAUGGUGGAAAAGGGCAAGAGCCGAAAAGAUGAGGUCGUCACCCGGGAGUACACCAUCAAUCUCCACAAGAGAUUACAUGGCUGCACUUUCAAGAAGAUGGCACCCAAGGCCGUGAAGGAGAUCCGAAAGUUCGCCCAAAAGGCCAUGGGAACUAGCGACGUAAGGUUGGACGUUAAGCUCAACAAGCACAUCUGGAGCAGAGGUGUUAGGAACGUUCCCACCAGAAUCCGCCUGCGCAUUGCCAGGAAGAGGAACGACGAUGAAGACGCUAAGGAAGAACUGUAUUCCUAUGUCACGGCAGCUGAGGUCCCCCCCGAGGGAUUCGCCAACGUUGGCACGAAAGUCAUUGAGGAGGAGGAUUAGGUUAUUAAUUUUAGGUCACAUCACCCGGAAGGUGACAUACAGAAUCAAAGAUGUUUUGGAACUUGAGGCUGUCUAUUGCAAAUUUUCGAAGGAGUCAAUGGUUGCAGAGUAAUUGAAUCUUUCGCAAUGGCUGUGGCGUCCCCCGCGGUGUCCCUUGUUUGACUGAGAAAGCUCCACUGUGGUUCAUGCUACAGUUCUCGUCCCACUCGCGUCUCUCGUCAUGGAGGAUAGCCUGUCCGAGGCAUCUAGCGGAGGAGCACCGGUCUGGAGUCUAGAUGCCUCGUUAAUCCUCGUAUUAUAGAUGUCACAUCGGACCCUCUGUACACUCUAGAUGAUAAUCUUGACAUCAGCACAUCUUUUCAUGGCUUUUGUACCAAGGCUUUCGCAUAACAGGAUUCAUUGUAUUCAGUGAGAAUGUCUAGAAUGUCGUCGGUGUUGGCUGUUAAUAACUGUUUUCCUAUGUUUUUGCGCGUC